AUGACCCAGUUCUCAAAUACUAUUGGUGAAACUUCAUACGCAAAGAAAGCAUCUCAAUAUAUUAAUAUCUUAAAUGAUCUUCGACGUAUAGGUGCACAUUCUGCAGUUGACUUACCCACUGUAGUCUUCUGCGGCAAUCAAUCCGCAGGAAAAAGUUCUUUACUAGAAGCAAUUUCAAAUGUUCAAUUACCUAGAUCCGAAGGAACUUGCACUCGUUGUGUAAUGGAAUUACGUUUAAUUGAAUCAGAUGUAGAAUGGUCUUGUCAAAUUUCUUUACGUCAAGAAUAUGAUGAAUCAGGGCGUCGUCUUUCUCAACCGAUUGAAGAGAAAUUUGCAAGUUUGAUCAAAUCUCAUAAGGAAGUUGAGUUAAUGGCUCGUAGAGCACAAAAAGCAUUAUUAAAUCCAUCAAAAAAUUGUGAUGAUUAUCUUAAUUGGAAUUUUGGGGCACAUUACGAUGAUGAUGCCAACAAUGAACUUAAAUUUACCAAAAAUGUGGUUUGUUUAGAGAUCAAAGGAAAGAACGUACCAAAUUUAAGUUUAAUUGAUUUACCUGGAAUCAUUCAUCAUACGGAGAAAGCAGAAGACAGAAAAUUCAUCGAUUUGAUUAAAGAACUCGUAAAAGAAUAUAUUAAAAAGGAACAGUCAAUAAUAAUUGCCACUAUCACAUGUCGUGAUGAAAUUGACAACCAAGCGAUAGUAACUCUCGCCAAAGAAGCAGAUCCCGCAGGGCGUCGCACGCUUGGAGUUCUAACCAAGCCAGAUACUAUUGAACGAGGAACACAUGAUAUUUGGUUAAAAAUUUUAAGAGGAGAAGCUCAUAAACUUUCCCUUGGAUACUAUGUUUUCUUUGAAAGCCGAGAUCCUUGGAAAGAUUUUAUGAGUGACCGUAUAGGUGUUAAAAAAUUGCGGCACAAAUUGUCUGAGUUAUUGAUUCAAGCCAUCAAACGUGACCUUCCAAAAAUCAGUAAAGAUGCAGAAGAAAAAUUGGACGAGGCAUAUGAAACAUCUGCAUUAUCUGGAAGACAUGAACUUUGGCAAAUGAUUAAUAAGAAAUUUAUUGAAUUUAAUAAUAAUCUUUUCUUAUCUCGACCAAUUUUCGUUAUUGUGAUCACAGAACAACAAAUUACAGAACUAAUUAUUAAUGCUCGUGGGAGAUUACUUCCAGGUUUCAUUCCAUACUCAUCAGCAAUGACAAUUAUUAAAGAUACCCAAAUUGAAUGGAAAUCUCCAUCACUUGAAUGUUUAGAUGGAAUUUAUGAAAUUAUGUUUGAAUUUUUGCAUGAAGAAGUGAUUAAUGAAAUAUUUUCACGAUUUCCACUUUUAGAUGCGGAAAUGAAUUUAAAAUUAUGUUUUCGCGAAAAACUUUAUGAAAUUUUACAAGAUGAAGGCAGCCAACCAACUGAUUCUAUAGAUAUUAUUGCAUCACUUCUGGCAUAUUUCAAGAUAGCAUUCAAAAGGUAUGCUGAUACAAUUGCUAUGACAAUUAUCCAUGCAUUUAUUGAUGAAUUUACAAAGAGAAUUGAAGAAAAGUUAAUAGAAAUCUGUGUCAGUGAUGAUGAACAAUUUGAUAUUGGAGAGUUGAUCCAGGAGGAUUAUACUGUUAGUUUCCAUAGAGAUGAUUUACGCACAAGAGAAAACCAUCUAAAAAAUGUUUUAGAUAGUCUCAGGAAAUUUCAAAUUAUUAGAAAGUGA